CUCAUGCUCAUCUUGAUCUCGUGCUCUUCCCACCCUCCGCCUUCUCCGCGAACAAACAAAUAACCAACCAACCUCGCGCCCUCAACCACCAUACCACUACGCCAGCAUGGGCGCCACCCCCAGCCGCAUAACUCCGCAAGACCGCGCGAUCCUCGAUCUCAAGCUACAACGCGACAAGCUACGGAUGUACCAAAAAAAGAUCACGACGGUUCUGAACGCGGAGCACGCAGCAGCGCAGUCUUUGCUGCAGCGGGGCGACAAGCCACGGGCGCUUUUGGCACUGCGGCGGCGGAAAUACCAAUCCUCGCUACUCUUGCAGACGGACCGGCAGCUGGAGACGCUCGAGGCGCUUACGUCGUCCAUCGAGUUCGCGCUCAUCGAGAAGGAUAUCGUCUUCGGCCUCAAGCAGGGGAAUGACGUGCUCAAGCAGAUACAUAAGGAGAUGACGCUGGAGGCCGUGGAGAAGCUCAUGGAUGAGACCCAGGAGGGCAUUAGGUAUCAGAAGGAGGUCAGUGAGAUGUUGGCGGGCGUCAUGACCAAUGAUGAUGAGGAUGAGGUGGAGGAGGAGAUGGAGAGGCUGGUUAGGGAGGUGGAGGGGCGGAAGGAGGCGGCUGCGCCGCCGGUGGAAGCGGUGGUGCCGAAGCUCCCCGAAGCUCCCAGUACUGCGCCGGUUGCGAAGGAACGCGCACGGGCGAGGAAAGCUACAGUGGAGGCGGCGGCGGUGGAGGUGGAGGGCAGAGGGGAACCGAUGCUUGCUUGAGCAGUCAUUCCUCCAGGUUGUUUUGUUAUGCAUAUCGGGGCGUUUUGCUAGAUUUCUCUUCGUCUUUGCGGGAGUUUGUCUAUUCUGCUUUAUGACUGCGGGCGGUGUACAUUACUAUUGUUUCGUACGGUAGAUGAAUGGACGAGGAGGUGAAUUCGUGAAGUAUCAAAGCCUGUCGGCGAAGACGGCCUGGUGAUACCUCUCAGGUUUCGAGCUAAGAUACGGC